GCUAAAACUAAACUCGCUGCAGCUCGCUGCUGUGUGGAUAAAAAUCACAGGAAAGAGGAAACUUUAAUGUGACUUUUACUGAAUUUGACAGUAUAUUGCCCCUGCGUGUUGUCUAGUUUCAGAAACAAACAGUGUGGCUAAAAUCAGCAGCUGACGAUGGGAAUCUCUGGACUGCUGCAGUUCAUCAAAGAUGCUGCAGAGCCUGUCAAUGUGAAAAAAUACAAAGGCCAGACUGUGGCUGUGGACACAUAUUGUUGGCUGCAUAAAGGAGCAUUUUCAUGUGCGGAGAAGCUCGCUAAAGGAGAACCAACUGAUCAGUACGUGUGGUACUGUAUGAAAUAUGUGGACAUGCUGUUGACCUUCAGUAUCAAACCAAUUCUGGUGUUUGAUGGACGCAAUCUGCCUUCAAAACAAGAAGUGGAAAAGGCUCGCAGAGAUCGCAGAGAAGUCAACCUUCAGAGAGGCCGACAGCUACUACGUGAAGGCAAAGUGUCCGAGGCCAGAGACUGUUUUUCUCGCUGUGUAAACAUCACCCCAACCAUGGCUCAUAAUCUUAUUAAGGCUGCACGGGCAAGAGGAGUGGACUGUGUUGUGGCCCCAUAUGAAGCUGAUGCUCAGUUAGCUUACCUCACUAAAUGUGGUUUGGCCCAGGCUGUCAUCACAGAAGACUCUGACCUGCUGGCAUUUGGCUGCAAAAAGGUCAUCCUUAAAAUGGACAAGCAGGGCAAUGGACUGGAGAUAGACCAAACUAACAUGGGCCGCUGUCGUGCUCUGGGCAACGUUUUUACAGAGGAGAAGUUUCGCUACAUGUGCAUCCUCUCUGGAUGUGACUAUCUGGCCUCCCUACAUGGCAUCGGCCUAGGCAAGGCAUGCAAACUGCUGCGAUUGGCCAAAGAUCCUGAUAUCCUCAAGGUGAUCAGAAAGAUGGGCCAGUACCUGAAGAUGAAUCUAGUGGUCCCUGAACAGUACAUCGCGGGAUUCAUCAGAGCCAAUAACACCUUCCUCUACCAGCUGGUGUUUGACCCAGUCAGGAGGAAGGUUGUACCCCUCAACCCGUACCCAGAGCACAUCGACCCGGCCACCCUCAGCUACGCUGGACUCAAUCUAGGAGAUGAACAGGGCUUGCAGAUGGCCUUAGGAAACCUUGACAUCAACACCAUGGAGAAGAUAGAUGUCUUCAACCCAGACAAACCCAUUCCACAGCUUUCUAAACCCAGUAAUCGCUGCUGGAAUGAUUCACCAGCCCCCACUGGGCACAGUAUCUGGAGUGGAGACUUAAAGCCAGCACCUGCUGCCUCCCCAGACAGGCCUGCCUCUACCAGGGGGAAGGAAAGAAUCACCAGCCUGGAUGGUCUGAGGCUGUCCUGCAGAGAACUGCAGGUGAAAAGACUGCGAGAAGACUCCAGUGUAUCUGACGAGGAUGUGCUGCAGCAAUACUCGUCAUCCAGUCAGAAGCGAUCCAGGUCAGACCAGCAUCCAGACAAACCAACAUUAACCACUCCACCCCGACCACGCAACCGCUUUGCCACCCUGCUGCAGAGGAGGAACCAGGAAGCUGAGGAAGAUGGCCAAGCCACAUGCAGCAGAUUCUUCAGCAUUUCCAGUUCAGCAGCCAGUCUGAGCACUAAGACUGCUCAAGAGGGUUUACCUCAGGGUGGGAGUCUUACCCAGGAGAAUACACUCAGCAUCCAGACCAAUGACAGCGAUGGUCCUGAUGUCCCAUCUAUGGAAACCCCCAGCCCGCCUCCACCACCUAGCAUCACAUCUCCCAGUUCAGCCAGUCAGGGUCUCAGGCUGUUUCAGUGGUCAGGCAGCUCCUCUUCGACUGAACAAUCGAGAACGCCAAAGUCAACUUCAGGCCUAACCUCCCUGCAGCAGUUUCAGUAUAAGAGGGAGAGUUUUCCCCUAUUCACAAAGACCCACAGACCCCCUGGAGACAUGUCACCUCUAGGUUACUCCUCCUCCGACGGAAACACAGAGGAAAAUAAUGACUUUCCAGGUUCCACCUGCUCCCAGGACAGUGCCUACUUUUCCCAGUCCCAGCCUUACCUCACUUCGUGCCACAAAGAGGAAGUCUUCACCCACAGCUUCCCCUCCUCGUACCAAGACGAUACUGCAACUGAAAUGAGUUCAAGCAAAGAUUCUGAGCCAGAGCAGAGUCCCACACACUCGAUAGAAGAAGAUAAGAAACUUGGCAUGCUCAGGUCAAAGGUUUCAGGUCUGUUGAAGCCACAGUCCAGCAAUCAGCGUCAAGCAUCAAAAGAGCGACUGUUUGGCCCGGCCAGGGCCAGUGGACUGAGGAAAAAGUCUUUGGGUUUUGGAAAGAAAACAGUUUCCUCCAAUAAUGAGAACAACCCUGGUGUCCAGGCCACCAUCAGCAGCCUCUGGAAGAACUUCAGCUUCAAAAAGGAUACCCAGAAGGUGAUUCCCUCUAAGAAAGGAGAGCCCAUGUCUCCUGUGAAAGACAACCUGCUGGCAAACUCACCUCAGACUGACAUAAAUUUAAUCAGCAGCUUCUGAAAGAUGCUUUAAAUGUUUCACACAGUGCUAAGCGCUGUGUGUGGGACUGAAGCUUUUAAACAUACCACUUAUGUUAAUGAUUUCUUGACAAGUUGUAUUUCUUAAUGUAUAGUUUUUAAUAAAGCAACU